CGAGAAAACGGAAAAAGAUCACAGAUUGCGCGCAAACCAUCUCCCACCUCCAGAAGUCUAGUCGGAAUGACUCUCUGCUUCUGCUCUCUUCCUCGGCCGUCGCCAUUGAUCCACCAGCCGCAUCUCCCAUGGAAUCCAAACCCUAACAGCAGAUCGAACUCCUCGCUUUCCCUCUCAACUCAUCGCCUCGCUCCCUCUCCUCUCGCCGUCGUCAGAGUCGCCCAACCAGGCGCUGAAGUUGCAUCUCCAUCUCCGGAGAGCGCAGCGAUACUUCCGGCGGGCGAAGAAGAGGCGCUGGUUACAGGGCCUGUGAAUGGAUCCUCGGUGGAAGAAUCGGAGGUCAAACCGACGAGAGUUAAGAAGAAGAGCAGGGAAGACGAGGAUAGCGUCGACAAUAGGUUCACGCUUCGAAAUGGAAAGGAGGUUUUGGCUGAAAAUGCAUACCUAGUUGGAGUUGAGCGUAAAGGAGAUCCGGCUAAUACUUUUGGCAUAGAGGAGUCGCUCAAGGAAUUGGCUCAGCUUGCGGACACUGCUGGGCUUACGAUCGUUGGCUCGACGUAUCAGAAGUGAGUGUAGUUUCUGAAGUUUUUUAAUAUGUGAUUUAAGAAGUUGGAAUCAAUGGUGCUGCUGACUGAUGCUCAACUUGUGUAGCUAGAUACGACUAAGUACUCCAAAUGCGAGGUCAUACAUUGGCUCUGGCAAGGUCUCAGAAAUUAAGAGUGCGAUUCAUGCUCUAGAUGUUGAGACUGUGAUAUUUGACGAUGAGCUUUCUGCUGGGCAACUUCGUAAUUUAGAGAAGGCAUUUGGUGAAAAAGUUAGAGUUUGUGAUCGCACUGCCCUCAUCUUGGAUAUCUUCAAUCAGAGAGCUGCAACUCAUGAAGCAUCUUUACAGGUAAGUAUUUUGUAGGUUUGACUGUGCCAUGAAUAUGAAUACACUAUUUUCAGAUUCAUAAGCACAGAGGAAAAUAUAUUAGGUAAAUAGCCCAUGGAACAGUAAUUGAUGCUUUCCGCUAUGACAUUUACAAUAUUCAGGUAGGGUAUACAAACGCUGGGAAGAGUACUCUCUUAAACCAAUUGACUGGAGCAGGUGUUCUAGCUGAGGACAAACUAUUUGCUACUCUUGAUCCUACUACUAGAAGGGUUCAGGUAAGUAACUUGACUAAUGACAAACAUCUUUCCAGUUUGAAUCUUCUUACAGUUUCCUUAUAUCCUCAGGGUAGUCAAACUUGCCACAUUUUCAAAAUUUGUAGCUAAUAUAAUUAAUGAAUGAAUGAGCUGUAACCUCAAGUUGGUUUGUGUGGUAUUGCUAGAAAUAGAUUUCAUUGGCUAAUGAUUUGAAGUACCAGAUAAACUUGAAGGAAAACUGAAAUAACUGCUGUUUGGUUGUGGGCCAGAUGAAGAAUGGAAAUGAGUUCCUCCUCACUGAUACUGUUGGUUUCAUACAAAAGUUACCCACUACCCUGGUUGCUGCUUUCAGAGCAACACUAGAGGAGAUUUCUGAGUCUUCGUUAAUGGUGCAUGUGGUCGACAUUAGUCAUCCACUAGCAGAGCAACAGAUUGAUGCGGUGGACAAAGUCUUAUCAGAACUAGAUGUUUCAUCAAUUCCAAAGCUAAUGGUUUGGAAUAAGGUUGACAAGGCCGCUGAUCCUCUGAAAACAAAAUUAGAAGCAGCAAAACGUCAGGAUGUUGUCUGCAUAUCUGCUCUGACUGGGGAUGGGUUACAAGAUUUCUGCGAUGCAGUCCAGGACAAAUUAAAGGACUCAAUGGUGUGGGUGGAAGCUUUGAUUCCCUUUGACAAAGGGGAGCUGCUGAGCACAGUACAUCAAGUAGGGAUGGUGGAGAGAACUGAAUAUAUGGAGAACGGGACACUAAUCAAGGCACAUGUACCCCUUAGAUUUGCACGUCUACUGACUCCGAUGAGGCAUCUUUGUAAAGUAUAAUCUCCUAUGGGAGGUGGAUCAUACAAUGUCAAAUUACAUGUUGUAUGAGUGCCAGUCUUAUAGAACAGCCUCUGUUGCUCAUCUGUCGAAAAACUUUGUACAUGUAUAUUCUCUUCUGAAAUCAAUCCCAAAAGGCAAAGGAUGCCACAUCUUUUUCUGUAUAUUAUCCCUAUCCCUUAAAUUAAAAUGUUGAUGGUCCUCACUGGACUGGUGAACUAAAGGAUGCCAUCUCCUGAUGGCAGAUGGCGCUUCCUGCCCAGUUAAGUUGACUUCCACGUUUUCUUCAGUAAACAGCUCAAAUAUGCAGCCAAAAGCCUCAGUACAAGCCAACCGGAGGAAAGUGCAGGGGACCAGGCAUGGGAGAUGAUGUUUGCAUAGAUAUGCAUCAUCAAGGCAUGGCCUUGGAGCAGUUAGUAACAGAAACUACUCCACAGACAAAAGAAGCCUUCCCUUCACAUGCAUCCACCUCUAGAGGUUGAAGACAAAAUCAAAGCUAUCUGGAUUAGGUGGUGCUACUGAAGGAUUUGGUAAGGGAGAGUGGUUACGUUCUCCAUGCAUAUAAAGUAUUGCCAAGGAUACUGCAGAAUCAUAGAUAGCUAAGAACUGAUUUCCUACUUACUUGCUUACCAAUGGCAUUCUGCAAGGUCGCCUUCACCUUUUCUGUGAUUUUCCUUUCAUGCAACACCAUCGUUUCCUUUGCUCACCCUGUAGGUUUCGGCUGGUGGGGUGGUGAUCGUGCUCCUGUUUCCAGCAUUGGAUCUGCAGGUCUGUUUCCCGGAUACUAUCGAGUUUCCUGCCCUCAAGCUAACGAAAUUGUCAUCUCGGUGCUGAAAAGGGCCAUCUCUGGAGAUCCCAGGAUGGCUGCUUCCUUGCUCAGACUCCAUUUCCACGAUUGCUUUGUGCAGGGUUGUGAUGCGUCAGUGCUAUUGGACAGUACUUCAAAGAUUGCUAGUGAGAAGAAUGCAGGUCCAAACAGGAACUCUCUCAGAGGAUUUGAUGUGAUUGACGAGAUCAAGGCUGAGUUGGAAAAUGCUUGCCCUCAAACCGUCUCUUGCGCGGAUAUUCUUGCCAUGGCAGCUCGUGGCUCUACUGUACUGAGCGGUGGACCAAGUUGGGAGCUCCCCUUGGGAAGAAAGGACUCGAGAACAGCAAGCCUCGGCUUGUCCAACCAAAACAUCCCACCUCCGAACUCCACCAUCCAAACCCUCAUCAGUCUCUUCAAACGCCAAGGCCUGAACGAGAUCGAUCUUGUCUCCCUCUCCGGAGGGCACACGAUUGGAAUGGCAAGAUGCACAACGUUCAAGCAGAGGCUCUACAACCAGAACGGGAACAACCAGCCCGAUCUGACGCUGGAGAGGACUUAUUACUUGGGGCUGAAGUCAGUCUGCCCACAAUCAGGCGGCGACAACAACAUCAGUCCUCUGGAUGUGUCCUCCCCUGCGAGAUUCGACAACACCUACUUCAAGCUCAUCCUGUGGGGGAAAGGGCUGCUGACUUCCGACCAGGUGCUGUUCUCUGGCAAUGUCGGGAACACGAUGCAGUUGGUGAGGCGAUAUGCAGAGGACGAGGAGCUGUUCUUUAAGCAGUUUGCCAAGUCUAUGGUCAGAAUGGGGAACAUCGGCGCUCUUACUGGGCUCAAGGGUGAAGUUAGAAAGAACUGCCGCCAUGUAAAUUAAUCGAUCGAUUGAUCGUUGAGCUGUGUCUAGUGUGCGUUUGGAUAUAGUUGAAGGAUAUGUCUGUGUUAUGAUAUGAUCAUUGCAAUGCAAUCUGGUUCCACUGUCAGGUAAGCUAUGAUGGCGACCACUAAAUUCACCAACGGUCUAAUAUAAUAGCUGAGUUGUUUCUUUUGGCUUUUAUGCAACCAUUGAAUGAUGUUGGUCUUCUUGAUCUAUGUUGUAGUUGUAGAUUUUGUUCAUAUUAAAACGAAUUCUUGGUAGGCGUAGAAUUGGUAAAUGGUUAGUUGUAGUUGGCAGUUGGCUCAAGAUAGUGUGGGUUAUGCACCUAUCAAUAACUAAAUUUGGAUUCUUUAUUUAGAAAAUUCAGAUCUAA